ACCGAGGACAUAAACUCAGUUAGACUUUUUUAAUCAGAUUUGCUCUACCGUAAGGUGACUGAGCGACCAGGGUUUGAAAUUGCGUGAGUCCCGAAAAGAAGCCCCGACUGAGAUGAGCCGCUUCAGCCGCCAUCACCACGACUUCAGCUACGGGUACGGCGGCGCCUCCAACCCGUGGGACACCAGGACAGUCUUCAUCGGCGUAGACAACGAUGACGACGAAGACAAUGAUGAAGCCGACCGGUAUUCGCGCGUUACCCUCGGCGGCCGCAGUCGCAGACCCUCGGCCAGCGUGAGCGUGAUCGGCUACGGCGAUCUGGAGUUUCGUCCCAGGCCCAGGGCCGCCCGCGACAGGGAUAGUAGAGACACCGACCGCAACCGAGUCAGAGUCCGGCACCGCGACGGAAGCUACCGAGCCAACCCCCUCAAGCCCUCCCUCUCCACGGGGCUGGUGGACUACGAGACGGAAACCCUCAAGCAGCGCCUCCGUCUGUCCGACCGCUCACCACCGCCAGCUCCUCCUCCUCCUCCUCCGGCCCCGGGGACCUACGCCCGACAGCACAACCACCGGGACUCCCACCAUCACCACCACCAUCAUCCCCGCGCGAGGUCUCUCUCCCUGUCGCGCCUCUCGGCGGGCGAUUCUGAUGAAGAAUCGGACCGCCUAGUUGCGCAUGCGCAUGGCGGAGGGUGGGACAGUGCCACGGUCGUGCCUGACCCGCCAGGGGGGUACUACCGCCACCCACGGCUCAGCCUGUCCAGUCCGCGCGUGGGGCUUGCCGGGGCUGGGUGGCCGCUUGUUAGUUCGAGACCUGGGACGAGGUCGCCUUCGCUCGAGAGGGAGAGGGAGAGGGAGAGGGAGAGGUAUGAGAGGGGGUAUCAGGUUGUUCCCGUUGUGCCACCUUAUGGGAAUGAGGAUGAUUUGAGGCUGAGGUUGGGUGGGGUGGGGAGCCCGAGAGUGCCGGCGCGAAAGGGGAGGAGUGAGAGUUUUGAGCGCUAUGAUGGGACGCUGAUGAAUGGGAGGGACGGGGGUAGUCCCGGGACUGGGGGGAGGGUAAGGGCUGCUUCUAAAUAUCGCGGCGUCAGACCGCAGUACAACCAGGUCCACGCGCUCAUCCUGACGUGGUCCUUCCACGACCUCCGGACAGAGGACUACACAGCUCCGCCAUCUUCCGAUUACGUCUCACUGGAGGAGGAGACAGCCCGCUUGCGAGAUACUUUCGAGAGCUACGGAUACACGGUGCACGAGUUCCUCAUCCCGAUGCACCGGUCCGUCGAGAGCCUGAAGGCCAAGCUAAAACAAUUCUGCCGCUACGCAGCCGACGACACGCUGCUGAUCAUCUACUACCACGGCCACGGGGCUUUGGACGAUGACAACGAGCUGGUCUUUAGCAGCCACGACCACCCGGACAACCCUGGAUGGUCCCAAGCCGCCGCGGCCGAGCUCUACGCAGCACUUCUCAGCGGCGAUGCCUGUGCUACCCACGGCCGCCGGGAGAGAUACCAAGAGCUCCUGAAGAAAUAGUUCGUCUCCCUCUCCUCCAGCCCAUCCCCUUCUUCCGCCUCUCUCCUCCCCUACCAUUCCUCAAC